GGACGUAUUGUGAAUUAAAAGUUAGAAAACCAAGUCUUAAGAGGCUUGUUAUGUUUAAAGGAACUACUUCGAUAGUUUACGUGUACCUGUUUCGGAAAGGCUUUGAUGUUCAUAUUUAGGCUGAAUGAGUGAAAUUAUGUCUAUUCAAACGGUUUUAGCUUUCAUAUUUACAGUGUUGGUCUCUGUUUCCAUUGUGGUUGUGUUAAUCUGGCUAGGUUGGUUCCUCAUCUUUAAAGUGUUUUUAUCAAAAUUCCGGCUCGUACGCGAACUACUUGGGCAAGGCAACGGUGAUGAAGCUCCAGCUGUAGACCAACAACCGCAUAUGAGAGUGAAAAAAGUUCGACGUGACUAAUAUUCGCAGUCAAUAUUAAACUUUAAGCAGCUAAAAAUAAACAUUUCGACAAUAGCGAAAUAGUUAAUAUAAACUAUUCAUAAAUCAUAAUAAAAAUACCGAAUUAUACGAUUA